GGCCGGGUUGGAGAUCAUGUGGUGCUCUCUUAACCGUCGCGGAUUCUAAGCCCUAAGUCUCACGAGACGCAGUGAUCCGCUGAAACGCAAACCAGACGGCCGUAUACGUAUACGGUACAAACAUGAAGUUCGUAUCUGUAUGCCUAGUGUUGAUAUUCGCAGUUCUGCAUGAAGGUGUAUUAUCAGUAUCAACAGAAAAUAAUUACAAUGAAAAAGAAGUUGCGGUAGAAAGUUUAUCGGUUGUUUCUAAAAGGCAAACAAAUUUUCAAAAUAAUAAUUUCAACCAACCACAAUUUCAACGAGAAUAUUUUGAAUAUACUCAACAAGCAAACGAUGAUGGCACUUUAGUACCAGAACAACCACAAUUCGAACAACAAAAUGUUCAACAACAAGUUUUCGUACAAGGAUUACCAUCUGACGUAUUUCCCCCAACGACUACGACAACAUUAUCGCCAUUCACUGCUGAACAAGUUCGAUUACAAGAAGAGUAUUCGAGGAGGACACUAGUAGAACAGCAAACAGCGUUAAUUAGACCUCGACAGAAGAUUGUAGCCCAACCACUUCCAACUCAAUUUCAAAUUCAACCUUCACCGAUCUCCGGACAACAGCUACCACAACCACUGCGAUUUAUAGAUCAAAAUGGGCAAGUACGUCAACAAAACUUAGCACUAAGGCAACAAAAUUUUGUCCCUCAACAACAAGAUUUAGUACCGCAACAACAAUCUGUUGUACCUGUUCCAAGUGAUGAACCGUUUUCAUACGCUCAAGUCCAAUUUGGUCCAGUGGCUAAACAAGCGGAAACAGUCGUCAGCCGACCGAAAGGUCAAAGAUCCGUCUCAAGGCCUAGAACAAACUACGCAGUAGAACCUGCUACCCAACAAACGAUAGACUACCCGUCAGUCACUGCUGCAAAUCCUGUACAGCUUAAUAGUCGUUUACUUCAAAACGUGGUUUACAUCCAGCCUAAUGGUCAGAUGUACAAAGCGAUCGAAGAUACAGAGCAAGUAGUACAGAUUCCACGAAAGAAUAACCAUUACCAGACGAUAUCAGCGGUAACUUCCGGGCCCAUGACCAGUGCCUCGUCUUUGACGUCAUCAACUACUACCGCGGAUCCAGUUGAAGAAGAGCAAGUUAUAUUGAUUCCUCGACCCAAGAAACCCAAUCAAAGACCCAGACAUGAAGGACGAAAAUCGAAUAGAGUACAGCAACAGGUGGUGAGAACUGAAAAACCUCAACCUCAGCAGCAACAAGACCAACAACAACAACAACAACAGUCAUUUGAAGUGGAGCCGGACAAUUUUCUAACGUCGCUUUUGUCUAGGUUUCAGCAAACACAACCGGAGACGACAGUGGCUACUUUGCCCAAGUCGAGAGGUAACACAAGGCCAAAAAGCGGCAACCGUUCUGGUACAUCCAAGUAUUUGCCAGACAGGAAUCAAUUGCAACUAUUGCAAUUUCCACAUGAACUCAAGGCGUUAAGCAGUGCUGAACUCAAAGUGCUGGAAGAGACGAGCGCGCAGAUUGCUACUGCAAACGACAAGUCCGUUGGUCAAAAACAGCUUCAUAGAAACACUCAGGUUACUAGUACUGUACCACCGUCUCCAUUACCAUCCUCCGUACAACUCGAUGAACGAUUUAUCCUUGGUAAUAGACCAGUUCCCAUGCCCGUUGAACUCAAUGAACAACAGCGUCAGUUCCUGGCAGCUCAAGGUAUCCGUCACUUAUACCGAGUGGAUUACGAUCAAUCUGGAAAUGCGUUACCAUUAACUUAUGUAUUAGCACUAGAUAAUCGGCCCAAAUCAGCAGAGUUAAAACAAAAACUCUGAACCUAUCUACAAAAUAUAAAUGCAACAAAAAGUGCCUAUUUAUGUAUUAAGCGUGUUUUAAAUUAUGAUUAUUUUUAUUGUAAAUAAUAUUAUAUAGGUAGUAAAAAGAAGUAAAACGUCUCUUGUAUUAAUAUUAUUAUUUUGUAUUUUUAAGAACUAUUAUUUUUUUCAUUUGUAACAUUUUGAUUUUUUUGAAAUACAAUAAUUUAUAAAAACUAUUUUAAGAAAGUGUACCUAUUUUUUAAAAAAUAUGAUUUAAAUACAACAUUUAAGCAUGGAAUAUAUUUGUACAACAAAAAAAUUGAGAUAUUUCAAAUUUAUUUUUUUAUGGUAGGAGCUUUCAUAUUGCUUAGGUAUCUAGCUAGUUUUAAGUUAUAUAAUAGAAUAUUAUUGAUGUAUUAAUGUCGAUAGUAUUUUGAUUACUACUUCCAAUUACUUGUAAAGAUAAUAGCAUAAUAAAUAUUUUGUCAUUUUGAA